GCGACCAAACGCUGUUCGUUUAUCGGUCGUGAGUUCAGCGACUGAUCUCAGCGACCAAACGCUAGCGAUCAGCGAUUUAAAAUUUUGAACGCCAGAAAUUUCAGCGGUGUGACCAAAAUCGUGCGACUAAAAAAAAAAACUUAAAAAGACAAAACUACCUAAAUAUAUUUACAGAAUCACAAUACAUUGCCAUUAACCCUAAGACAAAUUCAAGCCAAAAAAAAAAUCACAAAAAACUUCUCUCUCCCCGAUCUAUUUCCUGGACACACAUAAACGUCUCUGCUCAAGCUCUCUCUCUCUCUCCGAUCUAUUUCCGGCGGCUACAGGGAACUUCUCUGCUCAAGGUCCUCUCUCUCUCUGUCUCUCUCGCUCUGUCUCUCUCUCUCUGUCUGUCUCUCUCUCUGUCUCUCUGUCUCUCUCGCUCUGUCUCUCUCGCUCUGUCUCUCUCUCUCUAUCUCCGAUCUAUUUCCGGCGGCUACAGGGAACUUCUCUGCUCAAGGUUUGGACAUAAAUCACAACAAGACAAAACAAAGUGUUGGAUGGAAUCAUGUUCAGCAACUUAUGCACGGGUCAGAUCAAUAGUGUUAUGAUAUUCUUCGCAUGAAUCAGAGGACAUUUCAAGAUUUGUGUAAAAUGUUAGCAACGAGAUAUGGGUUACAAGAGACGCAAAAUGUCUAUAUUGAAGAAGCGGUUGCAAUGUUCCUUGAAGUGGUGGGCCAAGAUAAGACAGUACGGGUUAUUGCACAAAGAUAUCAGCGUUCGUUAGAUACAGUCAAAAGAAAACUUGGUGAGGUUUUGAGUGCUCUCUUGAAAUUUGCUGCAGAUGCACUAAAAUCAGAAGAUGGUGAGUUCACAAGAGUAUGUCCUGCUUUGAGAAAUGAUGAUCGAUACUGGCCAUUUUUUAAAGACGGUAUUGGAGCAUUGGAUGGAACUCAUAUCUCAGUCCGCCCUCCUAAGCGAAAUGCAGAAGCAUACAGGGGCAGAAAACAGGAGCCAACCAUGAAUGUCCUUGCUAUAUGUAACUUUGAUAUGACAUUCAUAUAUGCUUAUGUGGGUGUGCCGGGUAGAGCCCAUGACACAAAGGUAUUAACUUAUUGUGCGAGGAAUGAGCCUUUUUUUCCACAUCCGCCAAAUGGAAAGUAUUAUUUGGUUGAUGCUGGAUAUCCCACAAGAACAGGGUAUCUUGGUCCGUACCGUAGAGUUCGAUAUCAUCUCGAUCAGUUCAACAGAGGAGGACCACCAAUGAACACUCGAGAGGUGUUCAACCGGAGACAUUCAAGCUUGCGAUCAGUGAUUGAGCGGACAUUUGGAGUGUGGAAAGCAAAAUGGAGAAUUCUUGACCGUAGGCAUCCAAAAUAUGGUUCGAUCAAAUGGAUAAAGCUAGUGACGGCAACGAUGGCUCUACACAACUUCAUACGUGAUUCACAUCGAGAAGAUAAUGAUUUUGUGCAUUGGCAGAGAAGAGAAGAAGAUCAUACUCAUGGUGAUAAUGAUGAAGAAGAAAGAGAUGAAGAGGAAGAUGAAGAAGAAGAAGAAGAAGAUGGUGAUGGUCAUGGCGGACAUAUUCUAUAUGAGCCGACUGGUGAUAGAGCCAUGGAAGGUUUACGUGAUCAUAUUGGUAAUGAGUUGAGUUGAGGAUAUCGAUUACCUUACUAGUUUAUUUGAUUUGAGUUUGUACUGAUUAUUAUUAUAAGUUACUCGUAUGAUCACUUUUUUUAUUAUUUAGACUUUUUCAAUAUUCUAAGUUAC